AUGCAUAGUGUUUCUCAUCAAAGAAUCUUUCAAUGGUUUGAUUCUUCGCCAAUCAUAACAUCGGCGCAUUUCAUUGGCGCAGAGAGAAACUACUUCAUUUCUUUUAAGAUGUCAAACUUACCGACAACUUUUCUCACACAUUCACAACGAGUGUGCCGUUUAUAUAAAGCUUUAUUUGCUCUUGCUCGUCGUGAAGAGUGGCCAAAUAGACUUAAUUACCGUCAACGUAUGGUGGAAUAUCGAGCUCGUUUCGAUGCGAAUAAAGAUAUUCAAGAUUUAAUGAAAGCCAAACGAUUGUUAAUCGCAGGAGAAGAAGAAUUGAAAAAAGCAAUGUAUUGGCAUACAGAAAACUUCAAUUUUCCAGAAUCACCGUCGGGUAUUGCUGAAGGUCGAUAUCCUACACCAGAUGAUUCUGCACUUGACGCAUGGCAUCCAUUAGAAAAAGCCCAAUAUCCAACAUACUUUGCAACACGUGAGAAACGAAAGAAAGCAUAUAUGGAAUGGUAUCUCAAACGAUAUGGAAUUCCCGAUCCUCCGAUGAUGUGA